AUGGGAUAUCACACAUGGGACUACAUGUCGCUAAUGUGCCAGGAGCGCAAGGAGAUGCUCGUUGGCGUCUACCGCCCGGACAGCUACCAAAGUCUCCACGAUACUCGGGGCAACGCCUUUAUCAAGCUGGUCAAUAUGGAUGAAGUCAAGCCAAAGCCAGCAAAGACAUCACGCUGGAAGGCGUUGCGACAGCUCCCAAAGAGGAGACCAAGACCCAACAAUCAACAUCAACAGCCGUUGUCAGCAUUAGAGUCGUUACCCAGCGAGCUCAUCAAUUGCAUUCUCGACAGAGUCACGCACAUUGGCGACAUUAUGAGUCUAGGACGAACCUGUCCAAUACUUGCAAGGCACGUCUUUGCACGAUACGCUAGCAAGUCGACAGUAGGAAGCUGGAGCGGUCUUCCACUGACCUGUAUACCCUGCGACUUUACUCGACGAAAUAACCGCCAUUCAUCACGCCAAUCAUACCAUGGUUUACCCUUGACGUAUCGUCUACCAUUACAAUUGGAAAAUGAGCCGUCAGGCUGGGACAUAUCCAUCUACGACACCUCCGGCCGCGAAGGCGACUCGCGAUACCUGAUUGCGAAAUACCCCUGGGGCACGAACCGGCUAGCAGUACGCAGCAGCAAGACAUCAGAUUUCGAAAAGGCCCUCUAUACGACACAGGUGCCAGACUUUGAAGCGCGGGCUGGGAGGCGCUGGCUACUGCGCAACCAUACAAAGAGCCUGGUGGUGCGGCUGCGCUUACACCAGAACCAGAAGAAGGAUGCAAUGCCACAUGUCGUUGUCAACGGCGGCACAAAGCUGUCGCUAGACAUUCUGCUAAUGCUGUGCACCAUCAACAAAGGACGACGCCGUCGAGAACAAGACACGACACGAUGGUACGGUGACUGUUUCGACAUUGUGCCUGAUACGCGAGACAUGCGGCGGGACCUGCGGGAGUCUGGAUGGCGCGAUGCAACAGAGCUCGUCCUCUACUCCGGACGAUAUACCAUGAGAGUAGCCGCUGCGUAUCGUGGGAUAUGUCGGAGUCCACUGCGUCAAGGCCUUCACAUGGCAAACAUGCUUCAGGCUGUGCAGGCGGCGCGUCCUGUGACAAGCAGUGAUGGCUUCUAG